AGAAGAAGACAGUUGUUUCUUCUUUCCCAGUCCUCCAACAUGGCGCCGUCCAGGAGGGUGAAACGCGUGGCGGCUUCGCAGCCGGGUUUUCUCAAAUUGAAGUCCGAUUCUGGUGCCGCGGGUGUGGCCGGCGGUCGGAGAAAACGUCUGAACAAGAACAAGAAAAAGAGCUGGAACAAACACAGUGACAUAAACGACGUAGACGCGUUUUUGGAAGAUGUCAGACUCCAGGAAAGGACCACGGGCGGUCUGCUGUCUGAGAAGUCCGAUGAGAGUUUAUUCUUUCUGGAUGCUGGACCAUCGAAGAACGACCAAAGGGUUUCGCAACCCGCAGAGGAGCAGAAGAGGAGUAAAGGGAAGGCGUGGCGACCUCUGAGGAUAGACCUGAUCCUGCAAAGCGACUCCCUCGUUCCAAUACCGAAAGACGUGUUGGCCCACCAGAAGCCAAAUGCCAAGAAGCUACGUCGCAUUGCCCAGAAGGCCCAACAGCUGGCAGCCAAAGGCGUGGUGACGCGGAGGCAGAAGCGGUUGCUGAACAGACCGCCGGUCAAGGAGAGGACCAAUAAGGCGGUGACAGAGGCCAACAACAACCCCCACAGAGACUACUACGACAUAUGGAGAGAAGAGGCCAAAGAUACAUCUGACCCCUGGUUCCUUCAACAAACGGGAAAGACGCGAGUCAGCCGUCCGGCGCGGUUGAAUGAGAAGCCGUCCGUGCUUCCUGCGGUGGAGGUGAUCGCUGCUGGAGGAUCCUACAACCCAGAGUUCUUCUCCCAUCAGGCCUUGCUGCAGGAGGCCCACGACGUGGAGGUGAAGAAGCAGAAGGAGGAAGACAAGCUCACCAAACAGCUGGCUGUCAACAAAGAGCACUUUGCAACAGAGGAGACAGUCUUAAAGGAGCAGGUGGAGGGCCUCGUGGAGGAGGAGGAGGAGGAGGAAGAGGCUGAGGCUGCUAGUGAGGAGGACGUGGCCGUCGGAGCCAUCGUGAUGGCAGCGAAGAAGACUGAGAGACAGAGGAGGAAGGAGAGGGUGGAAAAACUUAAGGUUCAACGGCGACAAGCCAAGAGACUAAAGUCUGACAAGCAGCAGCAGCUCUUCCAGCUUCGCUCCAUAAAGAAAACCAUCAAAGAGCAGGAGGCAAACACCAAGGUCAAGCAGGAGCAACGCAAGAGCAACCAGGAGGCCGAGAAGGCUCAGCCCAGACGCCUCGGCCGACUCAAGUUCCAGCCUCAGGACAUGGAGGUUCAGUUGAGCAACGAGCUGGCCGGCUCCCUGCGACAACUCAAGCCAGAGGGCAGCGUCCUCAAGGACCGCUUCAAGAGUCUGCAGAAGAGGAACCUGAUCGAACCCAGGGAGAGGGCCAAGUUCAAGAGGAGACUCAAGCUGAAGUAUGUGGAGAAGAGGGCUUUCAGAGAGAUCACUUGAUGCAGACCACAGGAGCCGAACACGAGAACCCGGGCAGCAUUUUAAGGACACAAACGCUUCAUAAUGAAACUGUGUAUAUACGACUGUGAAUGGAUGUCACGUCAGUGAGAUAAAGUGAAACAAAAAGGA